AUGUGCAUCCACUGCAACUGUGCCCGCCCACCGCGGCCGAGGCGGAGCUCCGCCCAGCCUGCUGCGCUCCUCUCUCUCUCUCUCUCUCCAGCUCUCCGUGUGGGCGAAGGAAGCAGCAUGCUGGCUAUGACCAAGAUGUCGCGGGAUCUCGGUGCGAUGUCAAGGCUCUCUUGCUCUGCCCUGCCUGCCAGAACUGCGUGGCAAGCGCCUCCCUGGGAGGUCAGAGGUGCGGGCCUCGGGGCCUGCGCCCGGAGCCAAACAAGGCUGACCAUGACCAAGAUGUCGCAGGGUCUCGUCGACGCCGAUCUUUUUCGCGGCCCAUGCUGGCCGUCGCCGCUUCGCGAGGACAUGAUCCACGAACCGAGGGUGGCCAAACAACUAAUGCUGCUUUCCUAG